AGGUACACCCUAGAAGAUUCUGACCGACCCAAGCCAUCCAGAAAACAGCUGAGGUCCAGCGUACACACUGCCCAAUAAUUGUUUCGUUAUAAACAAACCUUUUGAUCCUCCAAUCAGUGUCUCCAUACAACAUAACAGCAGUAUUCGGGUGAGAAUGGCGUCUGCAAACCUGGAAGCCGAGCUGACCCGGAUCUUCUGUACUUACUGUGACUCUCCUGUGCCGGCUACUAAAACAUGUCUGCAGUGUGACGCUUCAUUUUGUGACAAACACUUGAGCAAACACAGUAAAUCUGCUGAACAUGUUUUAUCUGAACCCACUGUUUCCCUUGACGACAGAAAAUGCUCCGUACACAAAGAGAUAAUGAAGUAUCACUGCUCUGAGGACUCAGCCGCUAUCUGUACAUAUUGCUGGGUGGCCGGAGACCACCGGGGUCACCACGUGGAGCUUCUGAAUGUGGUCUAUGAAAGAAAAAAAAAGAAACUGAGAUCUGUUACUGAGACCCUGAAGUCUGAGAGAGAGGAGACUGAGAGGAGAGUGCAGCGUCUGCAGGAUCACAGGAGAGAGGAGAAGGAGAAAGCCGCCGGUGUCACUGCGAGAGUCACUGAUCUGUUUAGAGACAUCAGGGAGAAGUUAGACACCAUGGAGAGGGAGGUCCUGGGUGAGAUCUCCAGACAGGAAGAGCAGAUGUCACUCUCAGUCUCUGAUCUGAUCACACAGCUGGAGAAACAGAAGGACGAGCUGUCCAGGAAGAUUAGUAGCAUUGAGGAGAUCUGUAACAUCACUGAUCCAUUAACUUUCCUGAAGGAAGAACCAGAGAGUGAUGUCAUCAGUCACAGGAGCUGUGAUGUCACCAGUGAUGUAAGAGUUGCUGGAUGUGUGGAUGAGGGAAUAAUCUCACAGAUGUUACACAGAGGACUUUUACACUUGGCUGAUAAUCUGAUGGAUCUACAGACAAAGAGACAGCUCUCAGUGAUGGAGAAAGCAGACAUAUUACUGGAUAUAAAGACAGCCAGUAACUACAUUAUUAUAUCAGAGGAUCGCAGAUCUGCUGGUCCUACUGGUUAUCCUGAAUAUAGACCGAAUGGACCAGAGAGGUUUAGAGUCCACCAGGUGUUAAGCUCCUGUAGUUUCUCAUCUGGGAAACAUUACUGGGAAGUGGAUGUGAGUAAAGCAGAGGACUGGCUGAUAGGGGUGGCCGGUCACAGUAUGGAUAGAAAGACACAGUGUAAUGAAUCAUACAUUGGGUAUAAUAACAAGUCAUGGGCUCUGGAGUUUGUGACAGACCUUAGAAUAAUUCAUAACAAUAAACAAAAAAAUAUAGAAGUAGAUCCAGAUUCCCCUGUGCAGACAGUGGGGGUAUACCUGGACUAUGAGGCCGGGCGUCUGUCCUUCUAUCAGCUGUGUGACCCCAUCAGACACUUACACACCUUCUCCGCCACCUUCACUGAACCCCUGCAUGCUGCAUUCUUUCUGUAUAAUGAUUCCUACAUUACAAUAGUGAAAUAAAUGCUGCAACAAGCAGAUUCCUUGUAAGAAGCCAAAAUACCCCAUAUUAAUAUUCGAGGUGAGCUGUUCCGUUUUGACUCUGUUCAUUCCCAUCUGUAAAUGAGACACAUAAGACGUCAUCUUUCUGCUGGAAUUAGGUAAUAAUACCAUUCAGGCACUGAACAGGGGGGCUUCCAUAACCAGCAGUCACCAUAAGAAAGGGGUUCAGAGGUGCACCCAGGGGGGGUUUCCGAGCACCCAGAAACCCCCCUCCACUAAAAAAAUUUUUUUUUUUUAUUUUUUCUUUAGCUGCAUGAGUAUUAUUAAUGGCUGUCUAGCAUCCUCUGCAGCCUGCUGUCUUCCUGGUGGCACUUGUAAGUGCAAUAAAAAUUUACUUUAUUUUAAUUAUAGUACAUAUAUAUCUAUGUGCAUACACAUAUACACAUAUAUAUACAUACAUACA